AUGGUAGCACUGUCCACUUGUGAAGCUGAGUAUGUAGCUGCUUCGUCCACUGUAUGUAAGGCGAUAUGGCUAAAGAAUAUACUAAAGGAGCUGAAGCACCGGCAGGAAGAAUGUACUGUCAUAUACGUGGACAACAAGUUGGCAAUUGAGCUUGCCAAAAAUUCAGUGCAACAUGGAAGGAGCAAGCACAUUGAUACAAGUCUUUUGGAGAUGGGUUUCGGAGAUUCUUUCCUGUUCUUCAUCUUCAUGUGGUUUUGCUUCCAAUGUCAGGUCUUGAAGUCUCAGAAUGUUAAUUGUAAUUCAAAGGACUUAAUAGCAUUGGAAGGUUUCUUGAAUGGUCUGGAUUCAAGGAUUGAUGGGUGGGCGCCCAAUUCUUCUUCUGUUUGCUGCAGUUGGGUUGGUGUUUAUUGCAAUGGAUCUUUUGGGGUUUUAGGCAGAAGAGUAAUUGGAUUGGAUCUUGGAAACAAAGGAUUGAAAGGAAAUGUUUUGAAAUCAUUGGCCGGUUUGGAUCAGCUGAAAUUCCUUAAUCUCUCUUCCAAUUCUCUCAAAGGUAAUGUAUCGUCAAAUUUAUUCCGUUUGAAACAAUUGCAAGUCCUCGAUUUGAGUUACAAUGACUUCUCCAGCCUGAUUCCGACAGACACCCAUUUACCAUCGAUCCUGGUUUUCAACGUUUCCGGCAAUUUAUUCACUGGCCACCAUCCCCUCCUUGUUGGGUCUUCAAAUUUACUGCAUUUUAUCAUUAGUGACAAUCAGUUUUCCGGUAAUACCAAUCCAGAUAUUUGCAACUCAUCAACCCAAAUUCAAGUUCUUCAAUUCUCAAUGAAUUCGUUCAGUGGAAUUUUCCCAGCAGGUUUUGGAAAUUGCAGCUCCCUACAGGAAGUCUCCCUCGAUUCAAAUAAUCUAACAGGAAAUUUGCCAGAUGAUUUGUUCAGAUUGUCGACGUUGAGGCAAUUAUUCCUUCAAGAGAAUGGUCUUUCUGGGCAGCUGAGCAACAGAAUCGGUAAUCUUUCUAACCUUGUUGAUUUGGAUCUCUCCAAAAAUCUGUUCUUCGGGAGUAUUCUAGAUGCUUUCAGUAAACUAAAAAAUCUGGAGUUUUUUCUACUGAUUCGAAUCGUUUCAGUGGCAAUUUGCCUGCUUCCUUGUUGA